AUGUCGAAAUUGUGGGACUACACCCGUAUCAGCGUAACACAAAAUAGCCUUCAAGAAUUAAGGGCAAUAUGGGAUCAUUGGAAUGACGAAACUAAGCAGUUGUUCAACUCUAGUUACGGGGAUUUACCGUAUCUACUCAACAUUAAGAUAGAUGAACGCUUGUUUUGGGCUUUCGUUCAGUAUUGGAACCCCGCAUAUAGUUGUUUUACCUUUGGAAGGGUUGAUUUAGUACCCACUAUAGAAGAAUAUACGGCUUUGCUUCGUUGCCCGAAGAUCCAAGUUCAUAAAGUCUACUCUAGAGCCGUUAAUGUCCCAACCUUUAUGAAAAAGUUGAUGAACAUCACCGGAAUGGGUGAGCAGUGGGUCACGGCACGGAUCAAGCAGAAGGGGGAAAGCAGAUGCAUCCCUUGGAAAAGCCUGCAAGAGUUGAUUUUGGCACACCUUGAUGCAAGAAAAAAGGUCGACGUUUUCGCUCUGAGCAUUUAUGGGCUAGUAACUUUUCCUAAGGCACUAGGGCACGUAGAUGAAGCAGCCUCAGAUCUCUUUGACCGACUUGAAAAGAGGGUUACACCGGUUCCAGCCAUUCUGGCAGAAACCUUCAGGUCACUAAAUGCGUGUAGGAGGACGGGUGAAGGCAGAUUCAUCGGAUGUGCGCAGCUUCUGCUUGCAUGGUUCCAUAGCCAUUUUUGGAAGGUUGAUAAGGUUUCGUAUCGAGUCUUCUUCGGAAACUAUUCGCCAUUAAAAGAGAUAGCAGCUACACCAAGGAGAGAUGACAUCUCGAAAGAGAAAUGGUUGGCCAUUCUUCAGAAUCUUUAUGAGGAGGACAUUGAGUGGAGAGCCCCGUGGUUGCUUCCAAAUGAGGUCUUGUACCGAUGUGAUAAUUUUGAUUGGGUCCCAUUACUUGGAAUCUGGGGAGCUGUUGGCUACGCUCCAUUGAUGGUGCUAAGGCAGUACAGGUCAAGGUAG